UUUUUUAUUUAUAAUUUCAACUACAGUCUUCAUCAUUUUUGGGUCACAGCUCAGGAUCCAAUUCCCUCCCCUCCAACCCUCUGUUCUCUCCCCUUCCCAAUCACCAAAAUCUCCGGCGGAUUUCACAGCUCAAGAUCCAAAUCCCUCCCCUCCAACCAUCUGUUCUCUCCCCUUCCCAAUCACCAAAACCGCCAACCCUCGAGAGAGAGAGCAAGAAAUUCUGAGCUUCCGAAUCUCUCCAACUCCAUGAUCGGAUUCCAAUAAGCCAAUCCAUCCAAUCAAUUUUGAAAAAACCCAGAAAAAAAGAAAAAGAAAAAAGGGGAUGUGAAAGAAAUGGCGGAAGCAUCAUCGGCGUCUGCGACAAAGUCGGAUGAAGAGAAAGUAGAGAUGAUGGACCGAUUGCUAACUCGGCUAGCUCUCUGCGAUGACUCCAACCUCCAACCUCCAACCCUUACUCUCCAAGCUUCUCCCCUUCAGCAUUUCCUCCCGUUCUUCUCAAUCAUCCGCCGUACGCAACAAGGUGCGAUUAUUAGCGGCGUUUCCGUCCCUCUUAUUUCACAGCUUUUCAAUGACGGAGUAUCUAUUCUCUCUUGCACACCCUCUUCAAGCUUCCACAAAAAACCCUAGCGAUUCUCGUUCCUUUUCGACAAACCCGAAUCGAAAGCAGGAUCUAUUAAGCCCUAAUUGCAGCAAUCUCACGGCAUCGCAAGCUUCGUCCACUGAAACUAUAGCAAAGAUUUUCGAUUAGGAAUCGAUUCGAUUAUCCUCCCCCUCAAAACCCCACUGCCUCUUCCUCUGUUGCCUGCCGUUGCGCCCCUGGUAAAAAAUAAAUUUCGUUAUUUAUUUGUUUGGAUUUUUAAAUUUGGGGAUGGGGAGAGUGAGUGAAAGAGGGGUGGGAAGAGCGAAGGGAUGAGUGUAUGAGUGUCGGGACAAAAUUAAUUGGGGAAGGUGAUAUGGUUUUCUUCUUCACUAUUUAACCUGUUCUUUAAACUAAUACUAGGCAAAGGUACUCCGCGUUCAAGAAAGAAAGAGUGACCGAGUCAAUCAAAAUGAGUAAUUAAACAAUCAUUUGGAUGAUGGCUUUUCAUCUUUGUCCACACGUUAAUCUCUUCUCCAACGGUUCUCAUUUGUGUCUGGUUGACAAAUGAAAAUAUUGUAAAAAGAUAUAUUUUAGUUGCUUUGAAGGUUAUUCACCAUCUGUUUCCUUGCAGGGGGGACUCUGACUCUGGUAGUAGUACCUAAAAACAUGUUUGUUUUAUUCUUCGUUGCAUUGGUGUUUCAGAAGCUUCUGUUGAUUUCAUUUUAAACAAAACAUGAGGCGUGACGUUGGAACACCAUAUCUCUAUUGCUGUCUAGUGUCUCGAACAAAAAAAAAAAAAUGCCUGCUAUACAGACACUAUGCGAAAACAAGUCGAUGAUACAAGUUUGAUAGGUUAAUUAGUUACAAUUUGGUGAGAACUUGAGUUAAAAUUGUUGUUUUAGCAUUUCUUUUUCCUUUUGUAUUGGAUUUUUUUCGACUUUCAAGUCAAUUGUAAUUGGCUUUCCUGGUUUUAUUA